AUGGCGAAGCAUGGCGGUGGAUGUAUUCCGCCUAUGGAUCUCUUCCGUUCAGAGGCCAUGCACUUGGUACAACUCAUCGUUCCUAUUGAAUCCGCUCACUUGACCGUUUCCUACCUCGGAGAUAUUGGCCUCAUUCAAUUCAAAGAUCUGAAUGCAGAAAAAAGUCCUUUCCAGCGAACAUAUGCUAGCCAGAUCAAACGAUGUGGAGAAAUGACACGGAAGCUGCGGUUCUUCAAUGAUCAAAUGUCAAAGGCGGGUAUCACACGUUCAUCAAAAUCUGUUGCACGAGCUGAUAUGCAUCUGGAAGACCUGGAGGCGAAACUUGGAGAACUUGAAGCGGAGCUGAUUGAAGUAAAUGCAAAUAAUGAAAAAUUGCAGCAUGGCUAUAGCGAGCUUACAGAAUAUAAGCUUGUUCUACAAAAGGCUGGAGAGUUUUUCAAAGAUGCACAAAUCAGUGCUUCAGCUCGGCAAAAAGAGAUUUCACCAGAUCUGCCUGCUGAAUCUUUGGCAACUCCUCUAUUAAAGGAUCAUGAAUCAAGUCAUGACCUAAGCAAACAAGUUAGAUUGGGGUUUGUCACCGGUCUUGUGCCUAAAGAAAAAGCUAUGGCGUUUGAAAGAAUUAUAUUUCGUGCUACAAGGGGUAACGUCCUUUUGAGGCAGGUUGCUCUGGAAGAAGCUGUUGUUGAUCCAACUUCAGGGCAAAAGGUUCAGAAAAACAUUUUUGUUGUUUUCUUUUCUGGAGAAAGAUUGAAGAGCAAGAUUGUUAAAAUAAGUGAAGCUUUUGCAGUAAACCGCUACCCUUUUACAGAGGACAUGGGAAAACAAACACAAAUGAUAACUGAGGUAUCUGGAAGGCUAUCUGAGCUAAAGAUGACAAUAGAGGCUGGACUUCAGCACCGUGGCACUUUGUUACGAAGAAUAGGAGAACAAUAUGAACAGUGGAAUCAAGUGGUGCACAAGGAGAAAUCCAUUUAUCACAUUUUAAACAUGCUCAGCAUUGAUGUGACCAAGAAGUGUCUUGUGGCUGAAGGGUGGAGCCCCAAAUAUGCAACCAAAAAGAUCCAGAAUGCAUUGCAGCAGGCAGCAAUUGACUCAAGCUCACAAGUUGGCACCAUAUUCCGUGUUUUGCACACUAAGAAGUUACCUCCAACUUAUUUCCGAACAAAUAAAUUUACGGAGUCCUUCCAGGCGAUUGUUGAUGCAUAUGGGGUUGCCAAGUACCAAGAAGCAAAUCCUGGAGUAUUUACUGUUGUCACGUUCCCAUUUCUGUUUGCGGUAAUGUUUGGUGAUUGGGGGCAUGGUAUAUGCCUGCUGCUGGCAACUUUAUAUAUUAUAUCGAAGGAGAAGAAAUUCUCUGGUCAGAAGCUUGGAGACAUUAUGGAGAUGGCCUUUGGUGGUCGCUAUGUUAUAUUGUUGAUGUCGAUCUUCUCAAUCUACACAGGUUUGAUCUAUAACGAGUUCUUCUCAGUUCCAUUUGCAUUAUUUGGUCCUUCAGCAUAUGCCUGCCGUGAUGCUUCUUGCAGUGACUCUACCACCGUUGGAUUGGUAAAGGUGCGUGACACAUACCCAUUUGGUGUGGAUCCUUCAUGGCAUGGGACUCGCAGUGAGUUGCCGUUCCUUAAUUCCUUGAAGAUGAAAAUGUCAAUUCUUCUUGGGGUAGCACAAAUGAACCUCGGGAUAAUGCUGAGCUUCUUCAAUGCCCUGUAUUUUCGGAAUUUCUUGAAUAUCUGGUUCCAAUUUAUUCCGCAAAUGAUCUUUCUGAAUGGUCUGUUUGGAUACCUUUCCCUCCUUAUUGUUGCAAAGUGGUACACCGGUUCAAAAGCUGAUUUAUACCAUAUAAUGAUAUACAUGUUCCUUAGUCCCACAGAUGAUCUUGGUGAAAACCAGCUUUUUGAAAACCAAAAGACAGUUCAGCUUGUGCUGCUACUACUCUCCCUUAUUGCAGUCCCAUGGAUGCUGCUGCCUAAGCCUUACAUUUUGAAAGCACGACAUAAAACGAGGCACCAAGAUGAGUCUUAUGCACUCCUCGAUGACAAUGAUGACUCCUUGCACGGAGAGGCAGAUCGUGAUUCUGAUGAUCAAGAAUUCGAGUUCAGUGAAGUAUUUGUUCAUCAACUCAUCCAUACAAUAGAAUUUGUACUUGGGGCAGUAUCAAAUACAGCUUCAUACCUCCGUUUAUGGGCUCUCAGUUUGGCACAUUCGGAGUUGUCAGCUGUGUUCUAUGAGAAGGUUCUUCUACUUGCAUGGGGGUACAAUAAUGUGAUCAUCCUCAUCGUAGGCAUCAUUGUGUUCAUUUUUGCAACCGCGGGGGUGUUACUAGUGAUGGAAACGCUCAGUGCUUUCCUACAUGCAUUAAGACUUCACUGGGUGGAGUUCCAAAACAAGUUCUACGAGGGAGAUGGAUACAAGUUCCGUCCCUUCUCUUUUGCAUUACUCAAUAACGAGGAUGAAUCAUCUUAAUUAAGUCCCACCUUUACUCU